CUGUAAUUCAUUGCUGACAUGGGUCUUGGGAACCAAGCACCAGCCACAGCCGCUUCCUUCUGCGCUACUCAGCAAGCUGCAUUCAUCGCUUUUGAGCGGGCGGUUGGCCUGUUGUGCUCGUUUCCGGCGGUAGUCUACCAAGUGACAAAGCGGACGACAUUGAGCCGUGCUUUGCCGCGAAGGACGGUUGCACAAUUACACGCGGCGCAACAUGAGAUUGGUGUAAGAUAAGCGCACUGGGUGUGAGGAGAGUCGGGGUUCAUGGAUGUUGAUGAGUGGGCAAGUCGCGGUGCAUCCACAUUUCAUGGGCUACUCCGCAAACUAUUCACGGAUCGCAUCCGUUCCGGGUGGGCGGUACAGGGGGUUUGGAUGGCAUUCGUAAGUCGGCGUGGUGUUGGGCGGCAUGAACUUGAUUGGGACAGUUAUCCACUUGGGAGAGAGCGUCCCAGAACGUUGCGCAGAAUUACCAGAGUCCAAGCUCACUGUGCGCAGGCAGGCUCAGCAUGCAGAACAGCAAGCAAAUGCCAAGGAGCAUCAACCGGACCGCCCCGGAGAACGCGUGCGCCGGGCCGCCUCCGGCCCGACGAGACCCACCUACCCACUUUUAUCGCGACGCCACGCAAUGCCCUCCGGCCUGCAUCAGCGUUGAGCGUAUUUCGCAAUCUCCGCCUACACGUGCACGCAGCACCGGACAUAUCCACCUGCACCUGCCCGAGGAAUAGAGCCGUCCACCGCAUAUAGCGGUACAGGGCGGCAUCUGGCGGCUCGGUGAGCCGGACGCGGCACUUCUACCCUACGUCUCCAAGACGGCUUAGACCGCGCUGUGCCGGCCCGCCGUGCCGCUCUCACCCUCAAAGCCUCUCGCCGCUCUCGG